AUGUACCGUAAGGAUUACAAUUUCGGAGUUCACAAGAUAAAGUCGUGGACAGAAACUAGUUUAUUUGCAUUGGGAAAAGUUCUCAAUUUCUUCCCGGUGGGUGGGGAACGAGAAUGUCAACCCAGCAGCUACACAGCCGCGAGGGCAGGCAUCUGCCUCAACCAGUACGAUUGUCAUCAGAGGGAUGGCCGAGCGGCCGGUGACUGCGCUCAUGGGCUCGGCGUGUGCUGUGUAUCUAAUAAGAGAAAUAUGAAACUGGCAGAGGGUCCAUGGAGAAUCAUGCACGGUCUCGAGAGAGACUAUUGGAACCAGCAUGUCCAUAUGAUUUUCAGUAAAAUCAUCUGCUCCUUCAACUUCGUUCUGAUCCAGCCGUUGGCACUUGCGCACAGUAACUCAUUAGCUUGUUUUGUGGCAAUCCGUGCGGGUCGUACUUUGCGCAAUAUACGCGCUUGCUUAGCUGGUGCAAUGUGGGCUGCACGCCAGUGCUCUGCAGCUCUUGUGAUAGAUGCAAAGUAA